GAGAUGACUUGAGCGACUGUGGCCACUGCUGCCGUGCGCAACACAUGCCCGAGUGUGUGUGAGUGUGUGUGUGUGUGUGUGUGUGUGUGUGUGUGUGUUGUGAGUGUGUGUGAAAGCUACCACUAGUCGCCCCCAGUGCUCUUCAGUCUCCACUCUCCCUUCUCACCGCAGACUGAACGUCACGUCCGCACUUGAACUUGAGUUUUCUCCCACCGUAGAAGCCAGAGAGCCUUACAGAGCCACGCAGAGCCACGCAGAGCCACGCGCGCGCGCCGGGGGGAUGCGAUACUCCUUCGCGAGCACAAAGAGAAAAAGAGGGUGACAGACCGUCCUCGGACCAGUGCCGGGCUCUGACUGCAAGAGUUAAAGUCUGAGAGGCCGGCGCUGAGUGCAGCGCUGGAGGUGCCCACCACUUGGCGAGAAGAAAACUGGAUUCCUGUUUUACACGCGUCAACUAAAGUCCAGCCACCUCCACACAGGACCGGAUAGUGUCCAGUGUCCGGAGAGUGGACAGAUACACGGACAGACCAUCAGGAGGUGACCCCACCGUCUCUCCGCUCUGCUCUUUUUUCUCCAAGCUCCUUUGAGGGGAUGGUGUGAAACCGACAGAGGAAAGAGCCCGGCUGUCCCCCCCUCCCUCCGCGCUCCAACAAGGGAGGCGCGCAACCACUUUGGCACCGAGCUCUGAGCGAGCGCCCCGGCGCCCAGCGCUGCGCCACGGCCGGUGACCGCAAAGCUCAGCAGUCGCUGCCCACCGAAGACAGAUCCACCGCGCAGUGGUCAAUCCGCGGGCCGCACCUGUGGCCGGUGCGAAGCGGUCAGCUGGGGGUGACCAGUGAAUUUUGGGGCCAGUUUGGCCGUGUGCAGGAGCGGCAGCCGCGGGAGAAGAAGGAGGAGGAGGAGGAGGAGGAGAGCCGACCUUUCCUGAGCAGCUCUCCGGGCGAUGCCAGUGUAAAUGCCAGGGCGAUGUCCCGACGCAAGCAGGGGAACCCGCAGCACCUGUCCCAGAGAGAAAUAACGCCGGAGGUUGAGCAUCCAGAUGGCGUGCUGCUCUCCAACUCGUCACCCCCCCACCCACUCGGCCUUCCUGGCCACACUCUGGAGCCCAGCUUGACCCACUCGCUGCCGCCCGGCCUCCACGCCGACCGCGACCUGCUGACCUGCGGCCAGUGCCAACUCACCUUCCCGCUGGGCGACAUCCUUCUCUUCAUCGAGCAUAAGAAGAAGCAGUGCCAAACACCGCUGCUUCCCAACAGUUGCUACGACAAGAUGAACGACCGAGGAGGAGGAGGGGGUCUCCAAAGCCUUUAUCACUACGCCCAGCGGGGGGAACUGAGGAAGGUGGUGGAGCCCGUGGAGAUCGGCAUCCAGGUGACACCAGAGGAGGAGGAGGCGGUAGGAGGGAGAGGACGAAGAGAAGGAGUGGAGAGGGGGGAAAAGACACCCACCAAAGGAAUUUGCCCGAAGCAGGAGAGCACACCAGCAGGUGGGAGAGAUGAGCCCUCCAACUACAUAUGUACCACCUGUAAGCAGCCGUUCCCCAGCGCCUGGUUCCUGCUCCAGCACGCCCAGAACACCCACGGCAUUCGUAUCUAUCUGGAAUCCAAUCCCUCCAGCACAGCCCUCACCCCUCGACUCACCAUGCCGCCGCCCAUGGGCAACGACUCCAUCCCACAGUCCCCACUCACCAGCUUCUUAGGGGAAAACAAUCCCUUCCACCUGCUGAGGAUGACGGGGCCUUUACUCAGAGAACCACCCCCAGGUUUUAUGGAGAACCGUCUCCCCAACACCCCACCGUUUGUCAGCCCACCUCCCCGCCAUCACCUGGACCCACAUCGGCUGGAACGCCUUAGCGCAGAGGAAAUGGGCCUCAUCUCCCAGCACCCCAGUGCCUUUGAGAGGGUGAUGCGGCUGACGCCAAUGGCCAUCGAGUCCCAGUCCAUGGAUUUUUCCCGGCGAUUACGUGAACUGGCAGGGAACACCAACAGCACUACGCCACCACUGUCGCCCAGCAGGCCCAACCCCAUGCAUCGACUGCUAAACCCCAAUCCCUUUCAACAAGGCCCUAAAUCUCCCUUUCUGAGCACCCCUCCCUUGCCACCGAUGCCCCCAAACAGCACCACCCCUCCUCAGACACAGAACAAGAUCAAGUCCUGUGAGUUCUGCGGGAAGACCUUCAAGUUCCAGAGCAACCUGGUGGUCCAUCGGCGCAGCCAUACCGGGGAGAAACCCUACAAGUGCCAGCUGUGUGACCACGCCUGCUCUCAGGCCAGCAAGCUGAAGCGCCACAUGAAGACCCACAUGCACAAGGCUGGAUCCAUGACAGGGCGCUCGGACGAUGGCCUUUCCACCACAAGCUCCCCAGAGCCUGGCACCAGUGAUAUUACUGGUGAGGGCAUUAAAAAUCGUGAUGGGGAUUUCCAGGGGGAGGGAAAUGAUGAGGAGGAGGAGGAAGAGGAAGAAGAGGAACUUGAGAAUGAGAGUCGACCGGAAUCGAACUUCAGUAUGGAGUCAGAGUUCUACAGGAACAGGGAAAAUGGUUCUAAGCCUCCUUUGGAAGAAAAGACAUCUCUCUCCCUUGAGAAGAUGGUAGACGGUGGGGCACUCAACUCCAUUCAGCAGUAUAAUAAUUUGAUAGUUGACAAUCGUAAAAGGAUGCCCUUUUCUAAAAGGGGCUCUGAUGGCCAGCGAGACACCGUAGAUGAGAAUUCUGUAGUCAGGGAGAUGGACCAUCACCAGCAGGAAGAGCGGACAGCCAUCAAUGGCCGGAACUGCGGCUCCGGUGACUCCUUCUCAGGCCUGUUCCCCCGUAAGCCCACCCCCAUCACCAGCCCUGCUCUCUCCAACUCCUCAAACAAGAGGAUCAAGAUUGAGAAGGACUUGGACAUUCCCCAGGCACCACAUAUCCCUUCUGAGAACGUAUACUCCCAGUGGCUGGUGGGCUACGCCGCCUCGCGCCACUUCAUCAAAGACCCUUUCUUGGGCUUCACCGACUCCAGACAAUCGCCCUUCGCCACCUCCUCUGAGCACUCGUCGGAGAACGGCAGCCUGCGGUUCUCGACACCUCCAGGAGACCUGCUGGAUGGCGGUCUAUCUGGCCGCAGUGGUACCGCCAGCGGUGGCAGUACGCCUCAUUUAGGGGGUGGCCCUGGCCCAGGUCGGCCAAGCUCCAAGGACGCGAGGAGGUGCGACACCUGUGAGUACUGUGGCAAGGUGUUCAAGAACUGCAGCAACCUGACGGUGCACCGGCGCAGUCACACGGGAGAAAGGCCCUACAAGUGUGAGCUUUGCAACUAUGCAUGCGCCCAGAGCUCUAAGCUCACCCGCCACAUGAAGACACACGGCCAGCUUGGUAAGGAGGUGUACCGCUGCGACAUCUGCCAGAUGCCCUUCAGUGUGUACAGCACUCUGGAGAAACACAUGAAGAAGUGGCACGGCGAACACUUGAUGGCCAGCGAGGUCAAAAUUGAACAAGCUGAGAGGGCCUAAGGCACAUUUUCAUGCUCUGCAUCAUUCGUCUUGGACUCAAAAAAAGACAACAAAUUAAGGGGGUAGCUGGAUACUUUUAUACUGAUUUUAGUUUAACUUUGUGUUUUUGAUUAAAAAAACUGCCAAUUAAAAAAAAAAAACAAGAUCUUAACAACAACUGAAGCUGUCUAAACUGCCUCAUUUGGCUUUCAUUUCUAAACAAUCAGUCUGAUGAGUUUUAAAUACGUGGAGCCUUUAACUGUGCAAUAAUUUCUGUAUUUAUUGGAUUUAGUUUUUUGGCAUGUGCAGGUAAUUUCUUUUUUUUUUUACUGUUUAGUUUGAGUUUGCAUUUCUUUUAAUCCCACGACAUCCUGAGAGUUCUUCAGCAAACCUAACAGAAAUACAUUUUAGGUUGUUUUUUUUUUUGGACACGGCUUGUAGGAAAUUGUAUAUUAAAAUAAUUGUUUAGUGUCUUAAAAAGAUGCCGAGUUCAAUCUUCGAUUUGAGAGUUUACUGCGAAUGCUAGAGUUAAUUUAUUUUGCGUGACGAUGAUAUGCGGACAACAAUCCUUUUUGGCAUUGUAGCAUGAAAUGACUCUAAAACAUUUUGAUAUAAUUGGAUAUGUAGCACUGAGUGUCAAAUGAACAGUAAAUGUCAAACGAAAGAGGAUCCCAAGAUUCAUAAACCCUGAACAUCCUAACCAGCCUGAUGAAACAGGUUCUCGACAAGACAGCUGCUGACUGCAACAACUCUAUGACAACUUACUAGGUUCCACUCUAACCUCUUAUUACUACAUAUUACACCUGUGCAUUAUAUACCAAGCCUCAUGAUCUUUAGGUGUUAUUAAUAACUAAUAGUUGAGCAUGAAGCGAUGGCGAGUAUGCACAGAGGGAUAGUAAGGACAGAGAAACAGAAAGAGAACAUAGACGUCUCAGGGUAAAAUAUAACUGCUCAAUUUCUUUUUUUACCCACUCGUUCUUAUGCCUUUCAAAGCAUUUCAGCUACAUCAUACUAUAGGUUGCAAUGACAGAUUACAACAACUGAAAAUAUACAUCUUUAGCUAAGAUAAGCAUAAAUGUAAUUUACUCCAAGAGGGCUUAAGUAUGUAAGGAAAAUUGAUUAGAUAUCAAUUUACAAAAAGUAAAAUUAUUUGGAGCUGACAUUGUGUUAGAAGUUUCAAGAGCAACGUCAUUAAAAUGACUAAAAUGUUCUUUAUCACAUUGGGAUAUUAUAAAUAUCCCAGCUCUUUUUUGCUUUAAGCCAUUCCAACUUCAUAAUUGCACUUUUCUUAAAAAAAUAAAUAAAUCGCUUUUAUUUCAAAUGCUGACCGUUCUCAGAAAUAAACCGGCACUUUAUGAUUUAUCCAUCCAGUGCACAAUGAUGAAACAGCCAAGUAGGAAAAAGGGUGUGGAGUUUGGGAUCUCCUGAUGCUGGAGUGCCACAGCUGUUAGGCUUAGCUUUCCCAAAGCUGGCACUAUAAAAAUGUAAUAACCCAAUCAUGGGAGUAAUAAGAAUAUGAAUUUAUUCUGGACAUUUUCAGUACUGCCAUUCAAUUUGACUUGAGUGUGCCUUGUGUUUUGAUCUUCCUAUUUAUUGUCUGAGACAAAUGCAACGCUUUCCCUAAAGCAUCAAAGUGAACAAAAAACGAGUUCACAUUAAAGUGGAAUCAGGCACUGAACCCGAAAACAAAUUUGCAAAAUCAUGAGUUUAGGUUUAGCAUUAGCAGAUUACCCAGCACAAUAAUAAUGUGUCUGUGUGUAUAUAUAUGUAUGCAUAUGUACAUAUAAAUGCACAACGUAUAUGAAUAUAUAUAGAUCUAUAUCAAUUUCCACACUCACAAGGACAUGACUUUGUCCCACAACCAGAUCGUUGGGGAAGCGGAUAAAAAACCUCACAAAAACUGGAGAAAAAUCAGGAAAACCAGAAAUUAGAGCAGAAUUUAGUGCACUCUGUCUUGAAGAAGUUUACAGUAUUGGUACAAGGGUUAAAAUACAUUUGUGCGUGAGUGUGUGUAUGACAUUUUUUCAGGUUUGCUUUAAAACUUUUAUUCCUUUUUUUUAUUCAUUGCUUCUCAUUUUUUGUGACGGGUUUUGAUAUAUAUAUAAAUAUAUAUGAAUAUAUAUGACAUUUUUCUGGUUUACUGUAAAAAUAUAACAGUAUUUGUAAUAUUGGAGAAUGCUGGGGCAUUUUACAAAACUGUAAAAAAAAUACUGUUUUUGUUUUUUAAAAAAUCUUUAAUUUUACAGUCCAAUUUAAAUUGUGGGUCUCUGAAACUGUUUUUUGUCAAUGUAACUGUAAAAGUCCUAAGUUUUAGUAACUUUUCUUCUGGCUUGGAUGUAAAGAAAUAAAAAAUAAAUGAGUGGAAAACAAGCCUGAGCUGGAACGAACUCAGUGAUGGAAGUUUUGGGGAACGUCGGUUCUGGUUUUCAGGAAGAAUUAUGGAGAAUCCUGACCUGUAUCUAUUUUUCUUCUUCUGGAAUGGAUUAUUCUUUGUGGAUGGUUUGAAUUACAUGUGUAGGCACUUGCUGUCGUUCCUUAAGAGCUUGUCUUUUUUUAACCUGUAGGCUGUGUGCAUCCUUUGUGAAUGAAUAGGGGUGACUUUCUGACCAAUCCGACUCACGGGCUGCCACGAUCUGUUAGACCAAACAGAACCUGAUCAAUUUGUACUGUUGUACUGAAUCAUGUUGUACAGAAUGGGAUGAAAUAAAGGUUGUUAAACAGCCUUUUAGUGACAAAAACACACCUUGAUGUUUUGGUUGUACAUAGUUUUUUCUAUGACUACUCUGUUUUCCUUUGGUUUGUCCUUUCUGUUUGUGAUUUCUGACCGGCACUGGCAGUGGCCUGGAUGUGGAAGGCUGGGGGUUCUCCAUGUCAGUUUCCAGGCCUCAGCAUGAGAACAGAGCACAAAUACAAGAUGUUAAAAACGUC